UGACGCCACGAAGAAAACAGGAAGUGAGCCGUCAGGGAGCCGGCCCGGGGCGUGGAGCCUCUUUUCUCGGCAGGGAAUGAAUGAAUGGGUUCUGGCCGUUCGCUGGUGAGGCCGGACUCGGGCGCUGAGGCGUGAGCGUAAGGGCGAGCCGUGUGUCAUGGAGGACGAUGCGCCGGUAAUCUACGGCCUGGAGUUUCAGGCACGCGCUCUAACACCUCAAACUGCGGAAACAGAUGCCAUUCGCUUCUUGGUUGGGACGCAGUCUCUUAAAUAUGAUAAUCAGAUCCACAUCAUAGAUUUUGAUGAUGAAAAUAACAUUAUAAAUAAAAAUGUCCUCCUCCAUCAAGCUGGUGAGAUCUGGCACAUCAGUGCCAGCCCAGCAGAUAAAGGCGUGCUGGCCACCUGCUACAACAAAACUUCAGACAGUCGAGUCCAAGCAUGUGCAGCUGUGUGGAGGAUGCCCAAGGAAUUAGAAUCCGGUAGCCACGAGUCCCCUGAUGACCCUGCAAGCACUGCGCAGACCCUGGAGCUGCUCUGUCACCUUGACAACGGGGCCCAUGGCAACGUGGCCUGCGUCGUGUGGGAGCCGAUGGGGGAUGGGAAGAAGGUCAUUUCUCUGGCUGACAGCCACAUCCUGCUGUGGGACCUCCAGGCAAGCUCAAGCCAGGCUGUGCUGGCCAGCUCAGCAGCUCUGGAAGGAAGGGGGCAGCUAAGGUUCACUGCAGGGCGGUGGAGCCCACACCACAACUGUACCCAGGUGGCUACAGCAAGUGACACCACCCUGCGAGGAUGGGACACACGGAGCAUGAGCCAGAUAUACUGCAUAGAGAACGCUCACGGGCAGCUGGUGCGUGACCUUGACUUCAACCCCAACAAGCAGUAUUACCUCGCCAGCUGCGGAGAUGACUGCAAGGUGAAGUUCUGGGACACACGGAAUGUCACCGAGCCCGUGAAGACCCUGGAGGAGCACUCCCACUGGGUGUGGAGCGUCCGCUACAACCACUCUCAUGACCAGCUGGUCCUCACUGGCAGCAGCGAUAGCAGAGUCAUCCUGUCCAAUAUGGUGUCUAUCUCCUCAGAGCCCUUUGGCCACCUGGUGGACGAUGAUGACGUCAGUGACCCGGAGGAGCACCAUGCUGAGAAGAGUAAGGAACCCCUGCAGGACAACGUCAUUGCCACCUACGAGGAGCACGAGGACAGCGUGUAUGCUGUGGAUUGGGCCUCGGCUGACCCAUGGCUGUUUGCUUCCCUGAGUUACGAUGGGAGACUAGUUAUCAACAGAGUCCCCAGGGCACUGAAGUACCACAUCCUGCUCUAGUCCUGGGCACUGCUGGUUGGCACUUGGCAGGUUCUCAGGUUCUGCAGCCAUGAGGCAGUUCCCUUUGCAGACUGCUGCCUCCUGGGUAAGCAACAUUGCUUCUGUAGGAGCUCUGAGGGACGUGGGAGCUAUUGCCAGAAGCUCGUCUGAAGCUGUCAGCACAGUGCCCAGCACGGAAGGGAGCCAUGCUGGACGUUCCUAUGUUGCUUUGUGAAUUGACGGUAGCCCAGUCUCAGCUCGAUUCUUGUUUUCUGUUCUAAGGGUGUUGGGAGUUUAACUCUUCAUGAGUGCGUUUCCAUCUUGCUAUUCUCACUGAAAUAAAGUGCACAGCGAUG